GCGCCUUUGAACGCAUCCGUCUCCUGCAUCACGGUGCUCCGCUGUAGUUUCAGUUCAGCGUCCGUUUGUUCCGCAGGUGUGCUGGUCGCUUGGUUAUUCCGAGUCAAACCCCGAAAACGCCAGAUGCCGGACGGUAGACAUGGUGACCGGAGCCCGUAAAUCCGCCAGAGGAGCUAACCAGCGGGGAAGAAAGACGCGCUAGCCCCGGAACGACAGGUGCACCGCGGCAGCCAGCGUUUGACGUUAGCCUCGGACAGAAACGACUCAUCCACGACCCCCGACAAACCCGAGUUUACCGGUCCAAAGCAGCAGAACCACAACGGAACCGGGUGAUUGAGAUACCUGUCCAACCGUCUGCUGAGCCUCUCACCUGGGACUCACCUGUCCGUGAGGCGGAGAUGGCCUCUGCGCGCUCUGAACAGUCCAGCGUCCUGCAGGAGGAGCUCACCUGCCCGGUGUGCCUGGAUCUGUACCGGGACCCCCACCUGCUCCCCUGCGGACACAACUUCUGCAAGAACUGCCUGGAUCGGCUCAAGCGACAAGCAGAGCGGGGGCGCCUGCGUUGUCCGGAGUGCCGGGACAGCCACCGCUGCAGCACCAACUUUCAGAAGAACUUCAAGCUCGCCAACAUCGCCGACGACUACCGCCACCGGCGCAGAGCCGCCGCCUCCGCCUCCUCCGUGAAGUCCAGGGAAACGCUGUCCUCCUGCCUGGGUGCCCCACAGGAAGGCAGGGUUUUUUCGGUUCCCUGUGACUACUGCCCCCCUCCGGCGUCCACCUCAGAACCUUCCAAAGACGGGGACUCGGCAGCCUGUGAGGACGGCGGCGCCCAGCCGGACGCGGCUGCCAGGUUCGCGAUCAAGACGUGUCUGAAGUGCGAGGUCUCCAUGUGUCAGGAACACGUCAAGCCCCACCUGGAGCUGCCGGCCUUCCGGGAGCACCCCCUCACCGAGCCCAUGAACGACCUCUGGAAGAGGAAGUGCCCCGACCACGACGAGAUUUACCGAUACUACUGCAUGGACGACAAGACGUGUGUUUGCAACGCCUGCACUAUAGAGGGGGGGCACUCGGGACACACAAUCAAGACCCUGAAGAACACCAUGAAGGACCUGAAGGCCACGCUGGACAAGCAGCUGUACCGGGUGGAGAGGAAGUACAGCAUGGCAGAGAAGAAGCUGCAGGAGCAGAAGGAGAAGGAGCAGCAGAAUAAGAAAUUCAUGGACGACACGGAGGAGAGUCUGACCAGGCUGAGCGAGGAGAUGAAGGCCAAAGUCCUGCGCUUCAUCACCCGGCUGCGUGAGUGCACGCGCACGCAGUGCGACACCAACGGCCCGCUGAUCCAGAAGAACCUCUCCAGGAUCUGCCAGGACCAGGCCCGCCUGCAGGAGGUCCGCUGUGGCAUCGAGGGCCUCAUGCAGGAGAGCGACCCUUUCCGCUUCAUCCAGGCGUACAAAACUACAGGCAAACAGCUCCGCAGGCAGCUGAGGAAGACCUUGUUCUACCCGGAGUACGUUGACAUGGAGACGGAGCUGCUGGGAGUCAUGAUGGAGGAGGAGAUGAGGAAGUUCCUGGAGGAGGAGCUGCCGUGCCACAUCGUCGCCGCCAUCACCUCCCUGUGUCAUCUCUCAGACCCCGAGGAGGAGGAGGAGCAGGAGGACAAUGAGGAAGAGGGUUUGGAGCUGGUCGAUGAAGACGAAGAGGACGACGAUGACGAUGACCUGGACGACAGCAGCGAGGAGGAGAUGCGGAGUGAAGGAGAGGAAGAUGAAGUGGAAGAAGAAGAAGAAGAAGAAGAAGAAGACAGCCCCCUGCAGCUGGUUGAUGACCUGUACAGCCCAGGAGAGGACGAGGAGGAAGAGGAAGAUGACUACGAGGAUGAUGAGGAUGGGAAUGAUGAAGACGAGUAGGAGAGGAGGAGACUGGAUUCAUUUCUGAGAAACAGGAUUGGACACUUGAAGACGAGAAUAAAGUGUUUCCUGUUCCUAGAAAGUCGCUGCAGCCUCGUUGUGACUCUUCGGCUCCCCCUGCUGGCCUCUCUGUGCCACUUCAGAUUUGAAAACAACUGGGAGCUCUAGAACAUGAAUGUACCGUUUUCAGACUAAAUCUGAGGAGGGAGGGCCUCUGCAUGUCAGAUUUUCUACACAUUUUAAAAGGUUUUCUAAAUUCUAAGCACUAUUUCUGACAUUUUUAAGGGGCUUGCAGAUGUGUUACUUCUUACAAACAAACAUGCAAAGGAGUGAGUGCAAACAUAACCAGAAUUCAGACAUAAAACCGGAAUCCUCUUAUGAGACAUUUGAUCCGUUUCUCCUGUUUGGCCUGAAAUUGCAGGAAAACUGCAGUUUGUUUCACGCUUGAGUUAAACCUUUCAAGCCAAAGAUGAGUGAGUUUGUGUGUGUGCAAAAAAUGAGUGUUGCUUGGCAUGCUGCUAAAAGACAAAAAAAAGAAAAAGAAAUUGGAAGUUUACAAACGCCAGAAAAGUCUGUCUUUUUUAAAAACAAAUGUUAGCUUUGCUUUAAGGGAAAUGUUUCUAUGCACAUUUUUCCUGAAUCUCUUUCAGGUGAUGUGGGGUUUUGCACUUUAUUAGAAAAAAAAAUGCUGUUUUACUUGAAAAAUUUGAAUGUUUAAAUGCCAGUUUCCAUUUUUGGUGAGAAGAAUUGUAAGGGGCCAAUUUAAAAAUAAAUAUAUUAUAUUGAUAAUAAAGCUUGUUGAAUGUUG